UCCAGGUUGUUCACAAAACCCACAAUUAUUUUGUGCGGAAAUAUACUACUGUAUUUCAUGGCCACAAAUUAGCAUUUUGUGCUCACGCUAUGUCUACCGUGGCCACAAUUUAAUUUUUUAAAUAUCUUUUUUUUGCACCCGCCCUAUGUCAUGUCAGGUUCGGCACAAUUUUCUCCCCCCCGUUGCUUUAUUAUUAUGUACAAGUUCAUAUUGAAUUCAACCCCACUGUUCUGGUUGGUCAGCGCAUUUGUUGGCGGGGGGAGUUUUUUAACUCCCGGUUCAACGUUGCACUUGUUCUUUGCCACGUGUUAGUUGAAUUCAUGAAUUUGAGCUCUAUGCAAUUUGUUUUCCUAGCUGCCAGUCACCUCCCCAAACUGGACGGCGACUCAGGAAGCCAUCCCGUUUGUACUGUCCGCCAUUGCCACGUGACCGCAAGCGUUUUAUAUACGUCUAGCGUGCCGGGAAAACUAGACCAGGCUUUCCACAAAAUGGGGUCAUGUACUGUACAAAUAACACAAAAGACGCUAAUUUACAGCAAAAAAAACAAACAAAUGGAACCCACUUCCCACAGUGUUGGGAACCCCCUGUACCAACAUCAUGACACAAAAUGCAUUUGAGUGUACAGUCCUCCCAUACUGUAAAGAUUUGCCCCUUCUUUCCAUUCUAGAGAUUUUGCCUUGAAUUGGCUAUAUAAAUAUAUAUAUAUAUAUAUAUAUAAUAGUGUUAUGACUAUAUGGAAAAGACAUGUUUAAUGGUUCAGUUGAUGGGUGUUCGCCUGCACACGCGUUUUGUCGAGAGGCCGCACAGCCCCGAAACAGACUCACCGCAUUGUGUUCGCACCUGUUGGAAUUAAAAUAAGGUGCAAGAAAAUACCUUUUUUUUUUGUAAGAUGCUGCUGCUGUUUUUUGUUUGAUUGGGAGUCAAUAAGUCAUUUCAUCCCCCUUUGUUCAUUCCUUCCUUUCAUACCAUCCUUGUUUCCUUCCAUCGAUCAUCCUCCUUUCCUUCCUAUCCCUUCAUUCCUUUCCAUAUUUUCUUCUUUCCUGCCCUCCAUUCUGUCCUUCCCUCCUCUCCCUUCCUCAAUUUUAUUCCAUCCUUCAUUCCUUCCUCUCGUAUCAUGUUUCCUUGCAGCCGCUGGAGCUGUAACGAACGCAAUAAAAUAAAAGGACUGCAAAUGCAUUGCUCCGGACAAACUAGUAUGGUAACAUUUAUCCGUUGCAUUGAAAAUGUAAGCAUUAAAACAAAAACAAAAAAAACCGCCCAACUUUUUGCAAAGGUGAAGUUGGGGUGACGUCACGGAGGAGGUGGGCGGGGCCUGCUUGCGUGUCCGCCAACCGGCGGCGUCAGAAGUCAAGCUGCUCUCGUUUCGUCAACGCGUCCACAAAACGUGAGUUAGGUUGGGCUUGUUCUGUGUUUCGGAGUGAAAAGGACCAGGGUGAGGACCGAGGAGGCGGAGGACACGAGCGCGAGAGACCAAGCAGGUUUCCGGCUCGCUUCGGGCGGUUCGCUGACGGCCGCCGCCCCGCCGCCUUCCCCGGCCACUGAGACGCCCUCACGCCGCCUGAGGAGCACCACGAUGGAGGGAGACCCUCCAGUGCCGGACGACCUUACUCCGGAGGAGCAGCAGGAACUGGAGAACAUCCGCCGGCGCAAACUGGAGCUGAUGGAGGACAUUCAGCGGCUGAAGGAUGAGAUAGCAGAGGUCACUAACGAGAUCGAGAACCUGGGUUCCACUGAGGAGAGGAAAACCAUGCAAAGGAACAAACAGGUGGCCAUGGGCCGUAAGAAAUUCAACAUGGACCCCAAAAAGGGAAUUCAGUUCCUCAUAGAGAACGACCUGCUGAAGAACACCAGCGAUGACAUCGCUCAGUUCCUCUGUAAGGGGGAGGGCCUGAACAAAACCGCCAUUGGGGAUUACCUUGGGGAAAGAGAUGAAUUCAACAUACAGGUCCUCCACGCUUUUGUUGAGCUUCAUGAAUUCACAGACCUCAACCUGGUUCAGGCCUUAAGACAGUUCCUGUGGAGCUUCCGGCUACCAGGAGAAGCCCAGAAGAUCGACCGCAUGAUGGAAUCCUUCGCUCAGCGCUACUGCCAAUGCAACCCCGGCGUUUUCCAAUCCACAGACACCUGUUACAUCCUGUCGUUCGCCAUCAUCAUGCUCAACACCAGCCUUCACAACCCCAACGUGAAGGACAAGCCCACCGUGGAGCGCUUCAUCUCCAUGAACCGGGGGAUCAACGAGGGAGGAGACCUACCCGAAGACCUGCUCAGGAAUCUGUACGAGAGCAUCAAGAAUGAGCCUUUUAAGAUCCCAGAGGACGACGGCAACGACCUCACGCACACCUUCUUCAACCCAGACAGGGAAGGCUGGCUGCUAAAACUUGGAGGAGGCCGCGUAAAGACUUGGAAGAGGAGAUGGUUCAUCUUAACUGACAACUGCCUCUACUACUUUGAGUACACGACGGACAAGGAGCCGCGAGGGAUCAUCCCACUGGAGAACCUGAGCAUCAGAGAGGUGGAGGACAAGAAGCCCAACUGCUUUGAGCUUUUCAUCCCCGACAACAAGGACCAGGUGAUCAAGGCGUGCAAGACGGAGGCCGACGGCCGCGUGGUGGAGGGCAACCACACCUUCUACCGCAUCUCUGCCCCCACCACCGAGGAAAAGGACGAAUGGAUGAACAGCAUCAAAGCCGCCAUCAGCAGGGAUCCUUUUUACGAGAUGCUGGCCGCCAGGAAGAAGAAGGUGUCGUCCAUGAAGAGGCACUAAAGGAGCUGCUCCACGCUGGCCAUGUUGCACUUGUGAGCAGAUGGGGGCGGGGGUCUCCUAGCUUUUUGGACUCAGCUGGCCAGGAAGCCAAGAGGCACGCUGGGCGUUCAGGAUCAGAGUCGAGGGGGGGUACAAGCUGCCCACUGCUUUCUAAAAAAAACAAAAAACAAAACCAGGAACAAAACACUGUCAUGCAGCCCCCCCACAACACCCGCUCCACCCAACACAUUAAACUCAGCAGGUCUGAACACGUGUGGCAACAAAGAACUUCUCAUAAGGAAAAGAACAUUUCGAAAAGGCUUCAAUGUGUCUGGACAAGUAUUUUUACAGCUUUACUUACUUUUUUUUUUUUUUUUCCUUUGCUUUUGUAUGCAAAUGUUGGGAAUGCCAACAAUUGGGUGACUUUAUAGGAGGGGGGGGGGGGACGCACCAAAAAUUUUGUUUUCCCCUUGUUUGGUGUUGAAAUGUGAAAUGCUGCUGGUUAGCGAUAGAAAAUCAGUCCUGUAUCCUAAUAAUAACUCAAUAUAGCACAAUGCUACAGGUUGUUGAUGCACAAGUUGCAUAUGGAAGCUUUAAAGAGCCACCGGUGGAUGUUUGACUAUGGCUUGUCCUCGUCUCAGGUUUACAACCAAAAAACACGUCUUUUCAUGAUUAUGAGUGCCUGAUGAUUCUUACGCUUCCACUCCUUUCAAUGCACUAACACGUAGAGAAUUCAAAGAAAACAAUCAUAUUGCUAGUCAGUAUUGGUUUAUUUAUCGACUGUGUUGUACAUACUUAAAUGUAUAGUGAGUAUUUGUUUUUCAAGGUUUGCGUUACUCUUAGUCGUCUCAUCUUUUUUUUUUUUUUUUUUUUAACCCUGUUCCUAAACAUUCUAUUGUUGCCAUUUAAUUGAGUUAAAAUUAAAAAGAAAAAUUAAUCUGUAGAAAGUGUAUGGUUGUUUAUUACUCUGGCCAGCAGGGGGCAGUAUGUAACGCAUAAGUGCAACCUCAGGGCAGGUUUAUUAAAAUCCUGAACACUCAAUCCCUAAUAAUACAAGAGACCACUUGUUGGAUGUGCAAGGAUACUAAAAAUACUACUUUCCUAUAAAUUUACACACGAUUAUAUCUACUUUGACUAAAACAUCUGCCUAUUUUUCUAGCCUGAUGCCAUUUCACUGCGUUAUUUUUUAAAAUUUUGUACAGCUCCCAAAACUGAGGCAGCGGAACUACAAAUAAGAUACGAUAGGAUGCCUGGAAAAGCAAUCAAUAGAAAUGACCACCCCCCCCCCUCCCCCACCCCCACUCAAUGGCGUGAGCACUCAUGCAGUAAAUAUCAGGUCUGAAAGGGGCGGGGGGCAUAGAAAAACAAUGAUGAUGCGACCUCCAUCACGCGCAACCUUGAAUUUUAGUAUGUCACGUAGAUUAUGAUGAUUCUGUUGGUUAAAUUUCGUGUGCAGCGGCGUGUGGGGGAAAAUGGUGACCUGUGACUCCUCGUGAGCCAUUACCACCACCAGCAGACAUGCUGGAAAUGUUUUAUCACGUUUUCUGUGGACACUUUCAUCGGAAAGGAGAUUUGUCCACCAGAUAGCGCUAUGAUUUCCCCAUUCAAAGCAUGCAGCAAAAUGGCAGCCGUUUAGUUUUCUGUAAGGGUACUCUGCUACUGAAAUGAUGUGUGCAUGGCUACAGAUGGACAAUUGUGUCCUCUCUUCGAAAUGUACCCUGUGUUACGAACUAAUUCCAAAUAUUUGAGUUCUUUGACAAGGUGCUAUUUUGAAUUGCACAGUGGUGAGAAACUGGCUGAUUGGGCCCCGUAUGGACCUUUUCACUUAGGGUGUACUCACUUUUGGUGCCGCGGUUUGAACAUUCAUUGCCGUGUGUUGACUUUUUUGAGGGGACAGUAAAUCAACACUCUUAUAAAAGCUGUACACUGAAUCCGAUGUAUACACUAAUAAUUUCUUCAGGGUUUUAUUUAUAUCAGUAGUAUCUUCUCGCGCUGCUGUUUUACUAUUGAAGGGUUAAAUCACGGCCAGUUCAGUCCCUGUACGACCGAUGUCUUGAGUUUGACAGAUUCGUUUCCAGUGAGGCUUGGACUUAACCAAGUCCGCCCUUUGUCACCGGUUCUAUUCGGAACCUUUAUGGACAGAAAUUCUAGGCGCGGCCGAGGCGUCAGUUUGGCGGCCUCAGUGUUAUGUCUUUGCUUUCUUGCAGAUGUGCUUCUGUUGGCUUCAUUAGGCUCGACUUUCAACUCGCGCUGGAGCGGUUCGCAGCGGCGUGUGAAGCGGUUGCGAUGAAAAUCAGCACCUCCAAAUCUGAGGCCAUGGUCCUCAGUCGGAAAAGGGUGGCGUGCUCUCUGGGUUGGGAAUGAGAUCCUGCCCCAAGUGGAGGUGUUCAAGUAUCUCGGGGUCUUGUUCACGAGCCGGGGAACACCGGAGCGGGAGAUCGACAGGAGGAUCGGUGCCGCGUCUGCAGUGAUGCGGACUCCGUAUCGGUCGGUCGUGCCGAAGAAGGAGCUGAGCCAAAAGGUGACGCUCUCCAUUUACCGCUCGAUCCUCAGCUACGGUCACGUGCUGUGACCGAACGAACAAGAACACAAGCGGCCGAAAAUAGUUAUUUACAAAGGGACAUUUGUUGUUGUUGCUGGGAACAAUUGUUUGUUUGGGUGUUUUGCGUAGCUACGCCAGUUUAGACAAAUUUAAAGAACAAGUGAUUAUACAAAGAAGGGUUACUAUUUGUGGUUGCAGUUACAGUAAUUGUCUGGGCUGUGACUUGGAUGUUGAACAAUGUACUAUGUCUAAUAUUAAAGAAUGAAGAAGCAACAACAACCGAUAUUACUCCAGUUUCCCCAAUUCAACGUUUGCGGGACACAUAACAACAACCGAAUGGUACAAAAUGUCCCAGAGUUACUAUUUUGGGGCUGCAGUUCUCAAGAGAACAAAAGAGGGCCGGGACUUGAGCGUUUAACACUACGUUCUUGACAAUAGCGACGCGAUUAACAUUUCAGUAAGCGAGGCGUCCUUGCAGAAAACAGUCAAAGGGGGACGUUUUGUGGGAUGCUUUGAAUGGGGGGAAGUAGCUCCAUCUGGUAGACAAAUGUAAAAAAAAAAAAAAAUAAAUAAAUCAACCUUUCCAUAAG